GCGUCUUCCGUCGGCGCGUCGACGUCGAGUGUGUGUACACGUCGAGCGGUAGCAAAGCGAUAGCGGUAGAGCAGUAGUGGUGAUGGAGUAGACCUGUAGCUUGAAAGAUGAUUUCGACCUGUACCUUGGGUGCGUCGUCAUUCAUGCGGGGGGGAGCUCUUUGAGCUGGCGUUCCCUCCGCGUUUCACUGCUCGCGGUCGGUAGAGAGACUGUCUUCUGUUGUAACGAGAGAGAAAGCGCGAGCGGUCGCGCCUCCGCGCCGAGGAACUCGCUUCGUCGCCGCGCCGCGUGCCUCUCCGCCUCGUGCAUGCACGCGGUCAAAUUGUUCGCGCAUUUCUCACCCGCGCAUUCUGUCCAGCUUACGUUCGACUGGUUUCACCGGGGACAUUCGAGAAGUGAGUUAAAAGUGUUUUUUCGUGGCAAGAGCAGCCCGGCAAGCGAAGGGGCUCCGGGACCAAAGCAACAGGAGAGCAUGGGUCCGAUGCCGGAGGCUUCAGGAUCGGGGGUGGUCGACGAGUCGGACUACUCGACCUUCGAAAACAAGUCCGGCCUGGCGGACGACAUGAAGUUCCUCGCGAGCAUGCCGGAACUCUGCGACGUGACCUUCCUCGUCGGCGACACCCGGGAGCCCGUCUGCGCCGUGAAGGCCGUGCUCGCGGCCAGGAGCAGAGUCUUCCACAAGAUGCUGUACCAAGCGCCGAGCCCGCAGCGCAAGAAAGAGCCGCCGGCGCGCGAGAACAAGAUCCGGCUGUUCCUCAAGCGCAGCUCCGAGCCGCUGCUGAACCUGCAGAACGCGGCGCAACAGCGGUCAGGGUUCACGCAGCAACUGGCCCCCAUCCAAGAGCCGCAGUCGAAUCAGCACCACACGCUGAUCAUCGAGGAGUUCGAGCCCGACGUGUUCCGCCAGCUGAUCGAGUACAUCCACACGGGGUGCGUGACGCUGCAGCCCAGGACUCUGCUCGGGGUGAUGAACGCCGCUGAUUACUACGGACUGGACGAGCUCCGGCGAGCCUGCGCCGGCUUCGUCCAGUGCUGCAUAACCGUCGACACCGUCUGCGCCCUGCUGGCCUCGGCCGAGCGUUACAUUCAGUAUAAGUGCACCAAGUCGUUGGUGCAAAAGGUACUGGAGUUCGUCGACGAGCACGGCAACGAGGUGCUGAACCUGGGAUCCUUCACGCUGCUUCCGCAGCACGUAGUCCGUCUGAUCCUCGCCAGGGAGGAGCUGCGCGCCGACGAGUUCACGAAAUUUCAGGCCGCGCUGAUGUGGAGCAAGAAGUACUGCGACAACAACCAGAACACACCGUUGAAGGAGGUGAUUGGCAACUUCAUCGAGUACAUCCAGUUCCACAAGAUCCCAGCCACCGUGCUGAUGCAGGAGGUGAACCCGUUGGGCCUGGUGCCGUCGGAGAUCAUCGUGAACGCGUUGGCUUAUCAGGCAGACCCAACCAGUGUCGACCCCAGGAAACUCUCCCCCCACAGAGUGAGGAGACAGGGCCGCAGCAUGUCGGUCCAGUCGUCGCUGGAUCCGUACGGCAGCAACACGACUCUGAGCUCGAGCGGCUCCGAUGGCGGAUCUGAUCAGAAGCAGCAUUCUGGUAGCAACUAACCUCAGGCC